GUGCAGAUCCCAGGAGCGCGUGCGGCAGCAUGAGCCUCCCGGGACUGCUGCACCGCCUGCCCCCGCGCUCGCUGAGCUGCUGUUGGCGACCCCCCUGCCGACCUCCCUGCCCGCGCCCCGCGAGUGGCCCCGACCCCCGCGGCGCCCGACGCUGGCUGUGCGCGCACCACGGCCUGCAGGAACUGCACGGGAGCCUCUCGGAGCAGGAGCGCAGGCUGGUGGAGAAGCUCUACACCGGCCUCAUCGGGGGGCAGCGGGCCAGCCUGGCCGAGGCCAUCACGCUGGUGGAGUCCACGCACAGCCGCAAGAAGGCCCUGGCCCAGGCGCUGCUGCAGAGGGUCCUGGAGCACCACCGAGAGCAGGAGCGGUUGAAUCAAGGAAAGCCGCUAGCCUUCCGAGUGGGACUGUCGGGGCCCCCGGGGGCCGGGAAAUCCACCUUCAUAGAAUACUUUGGGAAGAUGCUCACGGAGCGUGGCCACCGGCUGUCCGUGCUGGCUGUCGACCCCUCCUCGUGCACCAGUGGGGGGUCACUCCUGGGUGACAAGACGCGGAUGACCGAGCUGUCCAGAGACAUGAAUGCCUACAUCAGGCCAUCCCCCACGAGCGGCACUCUGGGGGGCGUGACGCGCACCACCAACGAGGCUAUCCUGCUAUGUGAGGGCGGGGGCUACGACAUCAUCCUCAUCGAGACUGUCGGUGUGGGUCAGUCGGAGAUCGCCGUGGCCGACAUGGUUGACAUGUUCGUCCUGCUGCUGCCACCCGCGGGAGGAGACGAGCUGCAGGGCAUCAAGAGGGGCAUCGUGGAGAUGGCCGAUCUGGUGGCCAUCACCAAGUCCGACGGGGACUUGGUCGUGCCGGCUCGCAGGAUCCAGGCCGAGUACGUGAGUGCCCUGAAACUGCUCCGCAAGCGCUCCCAGGUGUGGAGCCCCAAGGUGAUCCGUAUCUCGGCCCGCAGCGGGGAGGGCAUCACGGAGAUGUGGGACACGAUGCAGGAGUUCCGGAGGCUGAUGCUGGCCAGCGGCGAGCUGGCAGCCCGGCGGCAGCGGCAGCAGAAGGUGUGGAUGUGGCGGCUCAUCCAGGAGAGCGUGCUGGAGCACUUCCGCGCGCACGACGCCGUGCGCCGCCAGAUCCCGCUCCUGGAGCAGCGGGUGCUCAGCGGCGCGCUGGCCCCCGGGCUGGCCGCCGACCUCCUGCUGAAAGCGUUCCAGAGCAGAGACUGAGGCCCCAAAGCGUUGCAGGGCAGAGACUGCGGCUCGG